GUUUAGCCCCUAUGAAUGGUACAACCCACAUCCAUGCAACCCAGACUCGGACGUAGUGGAAAACAAUUUCACGCUGCUCAAUAGUUUCUGGUUUGGAGUUGGGGCUCUCAUGCAGCAAGGCUCAGAGCUCAUGCCCAAGGCCCUGUCGACUCGAAUAGUUGGAGGCAUCUGGUGGUUCUUCACCCUCAUCAUCAUCUCCUCGUAUACAGCCAACUUGGCUGCCUUCCUCACCGUGGAGAGGAUGGAGUCGCCAAUCGACUCUGCUGACGACCUGGCCAAACAAACUAAAAUCUUGUACGGAGUGGUGGAGGACGGCGCCACAAUGACAUUCUUCAAGAAGACUAAAAUCUCCACCUACGAUAAGAUGUGGGAGUUUAUGAACAGCAGGAGGCAAUCUGUGAUGGUGAAGAGCGUGGAGGAGGGCAUCCAGCGCGUUCUGACCUCCGACUACGCCUUCCUCAUGGAGUCCACCACCAUCGAGUUCGUCACCCAGCGCAACUGCAACCUCACACAGAUCGGAGGCCUCAUAGACUCCAAAGCUUAUGGAGUGGGAACGCCUAUGGGCUCCCCAUACAGAGACAAGAUCACAAUAGCCAUUCUGCAGCUGCAAGAGGAAGGCAAGCUGCACAUGAUGAAGGAGAAGUGGUGGAGAGGCAACGGCUGUCCCGAGGAGGAGAGUAAAGAGGCCAGCGCUCUGGGAGUCCAGAACAUCGGGGGGAUCUUCAUCGUGCUGGCUGCAGGACUCGUGCUGUCKGUGUUUGUUGCUGUGGGGGAGGUCCUGUACAAGUCGAAGCAGAACGCCCAGCUGGAAAAGCGCUCCUUCUGCAGCGCCAUGAUGGAUGAGCUGCGCGUGUCUCUGAAGUGCCAACGCCGCCUGAAACAAAAGCCUCAGCCGCCCGCCAUUGUCAAGACCGAGGAAGUCAUUAACAUGCACACGUUCAACGACAGGAGACUCCCAGGAAAGGAAACCAUGGCAUGAACGCUGACAGCACCCCCCCGAGCAAAGCCUCAAUAAACCGUGGGGGGGAGUGGGGCAAGGGUCAAAUUAGUGCUGACAUAACUACAAACUGAGGUUAGCAGUACAAACAGGAUUCCUUUUGAACCCACUUGCUUAUGUAGACAGAUGUUUCCUGUGGAAAUGUAGAUACCUGAGCAGUGUCACCUCACUGUGACAUUUACUUCUUGGAAGGGAGCUGAAAACUGGACGCUCCGGUUUGGGCUGGUAUGUAAAGUGAAAGCUGGCCCAAGCAGGUUUGUGACAAAAAAAUAAUAAUUAUAAUAAAAAAAAAAAUCCAGUAUAUUAGUCUGGGGCAUACCAGAACACACGUGAAUAUGCGUAAACACACACACACACACACACUGACAUUCUUAUUUUACACACUUUAACUCUUGUGCUAAAGGGAAAACUCUGUUUGGACAGUAAAAAAAACAAGUCGUAGUUUUUUCUGUUGUCGAAGCCCUUUGUCUUACCUUCAUGUGUGUGACCCAAUCAGCCCCUCCCUUCAAUGGCUUGAGUUUCCCUCCAAUUGUUUAAAGAAAAAAAAGAAGAAAAAAAACACUUCUCUCACACAGACACAUGAAACAGUAGUCAGUGCCAUAUGAUUUUAUUAAAAAGAAAAUAAAGAUGUAUAAAAGUGAUAUUUAGUUUGCAAUCAUCUAUGCUGACCUUGUCAAAUACUCAUCAUUUUCUUCUGUAAUGCCUUUCUCGUGCCAAAGUUCUGCCGUUGUAAAGAACUUUCUACAUGCCUCUUUCUGUUCGAAGCCUCCGCAAGAAAUGUAUCAGAGUCCUUCACCGCGUCAGUCCUCACGCUGUUUUCAAUCUGUAUAAGUUGUUGUUCAAAGAGGCAGGAUUUCUACAAGUGUUUGGGUUUUAUUCUUUUUUUUCUUCUUCUUUUUGUACAAGAACAAGAGGUUUUGUAGUACUUUGUAUCACGGUAGCCCCAUCCUGUGGACAAAACAUGUAGCAGAUACCGACUCAGCCCUCGAAUUCUGUCAACAAGCUUUCAGACUGUGCUCAUCCCUUUCAUCCGUCUAAUAUUCAGCCUGUUGUGCGCCGGUCUCACGGGGGCCCUGGAGUGCAUACUGUUUGGGGACAAUGCAGUGGAUUUUUGGUGGGUUGAAUGAAAUAGAAUUGUAAAUGAAGUGGGUGCUCAAAAGAAAAAGGUGGUGACUCAUCCUGGAGAGCUGUUGUCCUGUCAGCAGAGUCUCGCAGACUCGCGAGUGGCGGGAAGCUAACGGAAGCUUUGAUGAAUCACCAUCAAAGACACGGGAAAUCAUGCAAAUGUUGCUGGUGUGGAAUUUCAACAUACUGUAGUUUUGUUGCCUUGUUGGAMAACAGAUGUUUUUUUAUGUGUGUGUGUGGCAGGUCCUAAAAGUAUUAUAUUUUAAACUUGACUAAAUAAUUAUCGUGCAGACCAGCACACAUAUAUAAGAACGAUAAAUGUAAAAAGUAGUUCAUAUUUAAAUAAAGUUUGCAAAGUUUUUUUUUUUCGAAGUUUUAAAAAAA